AUGGUUUAUCUACCACCCAACCAACAUGGCAAUUGCUUCAAAUGCUAUCUUACCACUCCAUUCACAGAUGAUGAGCUGAAAGCUUUGAAGUCAAGGUUUGAGCGUGGCGCAUACUACAAAUUCGCUCCCUUGAUGCAAAUCAAAAUUAUGCAUGCACCAGACGAUUAUUUAGGCAAAUCGCAUCAAUACAUGCGUGCAAAAGAAACCGAAGCUGGCAACACAGAUCCAUUCAUCGUCGUUGACGAGGAAGCCAAGAGCAGACGCGCAGUCUGGUACAUUGACCAGUUCGCCACUGAAGACCAGGUUAACGACGGCGUGGCUGAGAGCACAGAUGUUGUUAUGAAGAUCCUCAUCCAGACCGAGUGUUUGGCCAUCAACUAUAUAUUCUACAUCACGGCCAAAUCGAGCAUCGAGGAAGGUCUUGACAAUUGCUCGGUGGAAUUACCCCUCACCAACGACUUUUAUCAGCCCGACCCGGAGGAUUGCGGCGGCCCAGACUUUGAGUAUCAGCAACCCCACCAACAUGUCUGGAUUGUUGCUGAACCAGGAGAAUUCGAAGAGAGCACCGAUCCUGAGCUGUUGAAUGACUUCUCGCCUCGUCCGGAUAAGGUAGUUAGGCUGAGGGAGGAUGCUGCCGAGCCAGUUGGGUUAGCCAGCUCUUGGACGGUUCCAGGCGAUGCAAAGCCUAUUGAUCUGGCCCAAAGAGAGUUUCCCGAGGGGAGUGUUGUUUUGCAGCAAAAGUAUAAGCCCUGUUUUCCAUGGCCAGCAGACUCACUUUGA